AUGGUCACCCUCGAUUGGAUCCAGGGCUCGCUCAAGGAGAAGAAGCGCCUCGAUAUCGCCCCUUACAGACUGGAUUCUAACACCACCACCGCCUCAUCCUCUCCUUCCUUGGCAACUCCUGCUGUGCCUGCUGCAAGUACCCGUCCUGUCCGAGCUUCCAAAUCCGCGACCAAUGCAAAACGAAGGGCAGCUGAUGAUGCGGACGAGGACGAGAAGGUCGAGAAAAAGAUCAAGGUCCUCAAAGAUAAGGUGGCUAAGGCUUCAGAUGCACCUGUAAAGAUCCGACAACCCCAGGUAGAUCAGGCGUGCACACUGGCUCGUGACUUCUCCGUCUACGUGGAUUCGGAGGUUGCAUGGAAUGCGCGCUUGAAUCAGACAGAGAUCGGCAACAACAACAACAAAUUUUAUUUGAUUCAGCUGCUUCACACCCCCACCAAACAGUACGCCGUCUUUUGCCAUUGGGGCCGUGUUGGCGCUCGUGGACAGACAUCUACCGACAGGCUGUACGACAUAGAUCAGGCUAAAUCUAUCUUUGAGAAAAAGUUCAGGGACAAGACCAAGAACAGUUGGGCGGACCGUGACAAAUUUAUGAAGCACGCUGGCAAAUACCACUUGCUCCCUCCAGAUGACGGUGACUCGGACGAUGAAGAUGAGUCCAACACUAAAGGGAAAAAGCUCAAGGAGGUGAAGGAGGAGGAGGAGGAGGAGAAGCCUGUCCCCGAAUCCAAGCUCCACCCCAAGGUCCAGGAACUCAUGAGAGUCAUAUUCAACACUAGCAUGAUGAACCAUCAGAUGAAGGAGCUCGACUACGACGCGGACAAAAUGCCACUAGGCAAGUUGGCCAAGCCAACCAUUCUUCACGGAUACGAGGUCCUCAAGCGGAUCGGCGCCAUCCUCGACACGAAGAACCCCAGUUUCAGCGAAUUGGUCAAUCUUUCGAGCGAAUUCUAUACCGUCAUCCCACAUAAUUUUGGCCGCAGAGUCCCUCCUGUCAUCAAGGAUGCCCCAACGCUUAAGAUGAAACUGGAGAUGCUCGAAGCCUUAGGAGAAAUUGAAAUUGCCCAGAAGAUCAUGAAGGAGAACAAGAAGGACGCCGAGACUAUCACAAUCAACCCAUUGGAUCAGCAGUUCGCCUCCUUGAAACUCAACAAGCUGGAGCCCAUGGACAAGUCGAGUGAGCGCUUCAAGUUGAUUGAGAAAUUUGUCAAGAAUACCCACGGCUCGAGCCAUUCGGCGUACAGCCUUGUCAUUGAUGAGGUCUUUGAUCUGGACCGCGAAGGCGAAUUGGAAAGGUUCAACAGCUCUGGACACAGCAAGCUCCAUAACCGUCGCUUGCUCUGGCAUGGAAGCCGUCUGACCAACUAUGUUGGUAUCCUUAGCCAGGGCCUUCGCAUCGCGCCUCCAGAAGCCCCGGUCAGUGGCUACAUGUUCGACAAGGGUGUAUACUUUGCCGACUGCGUGUCAAAGUCUGCUAACUACUGUUUCACCAGCGGCACCAACGACACUAGCCUUAUGCUUCUAUGCGAGGUUGCCCUUGGCGAUAUGUUUAAGAUCGAACAGUCGGACUGUUGCGCUAAGACAAACUCGCAGAAGGCCAGGAAGCACUCGACUAAGGGCUGUGGACUCUCUUACCCCGACGAGGCCGACGACGUGACGAUUGACGAUGAUGUGAAAGUCCAGGUCGGACGUUUGAAGACGGAGGUGAAUAAUCAAGGCUUCGGUUACGGAUACCGACUCCAAUACAACGAGUACAUUGUGUACGACACCAGCCAGAUCAAGAUGCGUUACCUCCUCAAGAUGAAGUUCGACUACACCCAACAGCGCCGCUACUAG